UUUCAUCCAAUCAAAACAUACAGUGAAUUUGAAAACGCCUGUCUGAUUUUGAAUAGUGGCGGUGAGAGGUUUAUUUGGCAAGGGAGCAACUUUAUUUUUGAAAGCACGUCUUUUAGUUUUAAUAAACAUGGCACACAUUAAAGACGAAAACCUCAAGAUGUACUUUUAUGAGAACAGGCUGAAAACCUUUGAGGGGUGGCCAUUCGACGAAGACUGCGCGUGUACACCUGAAAGUAUGGCAAAAGCUGGUUUCAUUCACACACCUUCAGACAACAGCCCAGAUUCAGCCAUGUGCUUCUUCUGCCUUAAAGAGUUGGAGGGCUGGGAGCCAGAGGAUGACCCAGAGAAAGAACACAAAUCUCACUCGCCUACCUGCCACUUCAUUGCCCUGAAGAAAAAAGUGGAAGAUCUGACUAUGGAAGAGUUUUUUAAGCUCCAGAAAGAGAAAAGCAAAACCAUCAUUAACAAAUGUGACGAGGACAUCAACAAAUUUGAGGAGGCAGCAAGAUUGAAAAGAGCAGAAAUAGUCAAGUUGGGCAAAUAAAGCAGGGACCAAAUUUGCUGUCAGCCCUUGAAAGUAAAGUUGGACACUGUUAUUGCACAUAUUUGUACAGUUGUUUUUGUAUAUACACUAGUAUAGUAUACCUAUAACAGUAAAUGUUGGGCUAUGAA